GUGGAAUGAAAAGAUGAGCAAGAUAAUAGUUUUGGUGGCUUUGCUGAGCCUGAGCUUGACCUUUGAUCAAGGCAGCACUCGUAAGCAACCAAGCGUUUUCCGAAGAAUGUUUAAAGGAAUAAAGUGUUCCACACCGAUAAGAGGGGAUCCCGGACAACCACUGUUUUUGACUCCUUAUAUUGAAAGCGGCAGAACUGAGGAAGGAAGGCAAUUAAGCCUGGUAGGCCUUCUCCCAGGAGACAACGUGAAGAGCUACUCUGGCUAUCUCACAGUCAACAAGACUCACAACAGCAACCUUUUCUUCUGGUUCUUCCCAGCUCAGAAACAACCGGAGGAUGCCCCUGUAUUGCUUUGGCUCCAGGGUGGACCCGGAGGAUCAUCCAUGUUUGGCCUUUUUGUUGAACAUGGGCCGUAUGUUGUUCACAAGAAUCUCACAGUGUCAGAACGAAAGUUUGCUUGGACAUCGAAAUUCUCCAUGCUGUAUAUUGACAACCCAGUUGGAACUGGCUUCAGUUUUACAGAUGAUACAGGAUAUGCAGUGAACCAAGAUGAUGUAGGAAGAGAUCUAUAUAGCGCUCUUAUCCAGUUUUUUCGGCUUUUUCCAGAGUAUCAGAAAAAUGACUUCUAUGCAACAGGAGAAUCUUAUGCUGGAAAAUAUGUGCCUGCCAUUGGCUACUAUAUUCAUACCCAUAAUGCUGCUGCAAAGAUAAAGAUCAACUUCAAGGGUAUUGCCAUUGGAGAUGGUCUCUGUGACCCGGAAGUGAUGUUGGGUGGCUAUUCACAGUUCUUGUAUCAAAUUGGUUUGGUGGAUGAGAAGCAGAGGGAGUACGUCCAGCGGCAGACUGAUCUGGGAGCAAUCUAUAUUCGGCAGAAGAAAUGGAGAGAAGCCUUUGAAGUGUUUGAUGUUCUUUUGAAUGGGGAUGAAACUGGAAGCCCUUCCUAUACUCAAAAUGUUACAGGGUGUACCAACUACUUCAACUUCUUGCAGUGCCAGGAGCCAGCUGAUCAGGAAUAUUUCGGAAAGUUAUUAUCAUUGCCAGAAGUAAGGAAAUCUAUCCAUGUUGGGAACUUGACCUUCCACGAUGGGUCAGUAGUGGAGAAGCAUUUGCUCGAAGAUAUAAUGAAGACAAUCAAGCCAUGGUUAGCUGUUCUAAUGGAUUAUUACAGGGUUCUUUUAUACAAUGGACAACUUGACAUCAUUGUAGCAGCCCCACUGACAGAGCGUUUUUUGCCUACGGUGCCGUGGGCCAAAGUGGAGGAGUACAAAAAUGCCGAGAGAGUUGUAUGGAAAGUACGUCCUGCAGAUCCAGAUGUAGCUGGCUAUGUACGCCAAGCAGGUGAAUUCUAUCAGGUCAUUGUUCGAGGUGGAGGACACAUCCUGCCCUAUGACCAGCCAGAAAGAUCUUUGGAUAUGAUUGACAGGUUUAUAUUGAACAAAGGGUGGAAACCCUAAUGGAUACUGAAAGACAGCUUUAAUGAUGUGGUCCUUCUGAAUUUUUCAA